GUGACACUGUGCUGGCAUAUGAGGGAGAGACAUUCCCUUUGCUUGGAGGGGGGAGCAGAAGGUUUUAUUGGGAGAGGAGACAUGGCAGCAUUCUGAGCAGAGAGUCUCCAGCUGACAAGAAACAGAAGGUUGAACGCUGCAGUAGCACCCACGACUUUGAUCCCACAGAUAGCUCCUCCAAGAAGACAAAGUCUAGCUCGGAGGAGAGUAGAUCCGAGACGUAUGGUCUUGUUCAACGCUGUGUUGUUAUCCAACGGGAUGAAAACGGGUUUGGGCUGACAGUCAGUGGGGACAACCCUGUCUUCGUCCAGUCUGUCAAAGAAGAUGGAGCAGCCAUGCGGGCUGGAGUGCAAACAGGUGAUAGAAUUAUCAAGGUGAAUGGCACUCUUGUAACACACUCAAACCAUUUGGAGGUGGUAAAGCUGAUCAAGUCGGGUUCCUAUGUAGCUCUCACUGUUCAGGGGCGCCCACCAGGGUCGCCCCAGAUUCCAUUGGCUGAUUCUGAGGUGGAUCUGGCAGCUUUUGGGCAUAUGUCUCCCAUCAUGACAUCUCCCCAUUCACCUGGCACAUCAGGAAAUGCAGAAAGGAUUACCAGCCCAGUGCUUAUGGGGGAGGAGAAUAAUAUUGUCCACAACCAAAAGGUGGAGAUUCUGAGAAAGAUGCUGCAGAAGGAGCAGGAACGACUGCAGGCUCUGCAAGAGGAAUACAGUCGAUCACCCACCCCACGGCUGCUCAAAGAGAUCCAGGAAACAAAGAAGCACAUUCCUCAGCUGCAGGAGCAGUUGUCCAAAGCCACAGGCUCUGCUCAGGAUGGAGUCUUGUCCUCCAGGUCUGCAACAGAAUCACUGCAGAUCAGUGAAGUGGAGGCAGAGAGUGGGGAUUGUGUCAGCAAACUGGAUUACAGUGGUGACAGCCCCUCCCGACCAAACAGUGACAUUGCUGAUAGUCCUCGCAGUGGCUUGAAGGACAGGAUUUAUCCAGAUGAUAGCCCAGAAAAGACUGAAGUUCAAGAUACUGAUUCCCAGUCUAGUAUUGGAAGUCCCUUAUCUCGAGUGGGGCCUCAGAUAAUUGGAGCAGAGGAUGAUGACUUUGACACUGAACAGGAGCAGAUCAAUGGACAAUGCAGCUGCUUCCAAAACAUUGAGCUCCUGAAAUCUCGCCCAGCUCACCUGGCUGUUCUGCUGCAUCAUGUGGUGUCACAGUUUGACCCUGCAGCAUUGCUGUGCUACCUUUACACAGACUUGUACAAGCAGACCAACUCCAAAGAGACUCGUCGUGUAUUCCUUGAGUUUUACCAGUUCUUCUUGGACCGAGCUGCAAAUCUUAAAGUUCCAGUUCCAGAUGAAAUCUCCUUAGAACUAGACAGAAGAAGGCCAGAACUCCUUCCUGAGGAGCUCCAUCGCCAGUUUAUACAAACUAUGCAAGAUAAAGUCUGUCCAGAAGUUCAAAAGAAUCUGGAAGAUUUCAGGCAGAAACGUAGUAUGGGAUUGACCCUGGCUGAAGGAGAACUGACCAAGCUGGAUGCAGAGAGAGUUCGGGACCGUAAUGCAGUGGAGAAGGAAAGAGCAUGUGCAGAGCAGAUCAUUGCUAAAAUUGAGGAAGUCUUGAUGACAUCCCAGCCUUUGGAAGAAGACAAGAGUUCCACAAUGCAGUAUGUGAUCCUUACCUACAUGAAACACCUGGGAGUCAAAGUUAAAGAACCUCGGAACCUGGAACAGAAGCGUGGCCGUAUUGGUUUCUUGCCAAAGAUCAAGCAAAGUAUCAAGAAAGAGAAGGAAGGAGAGGAGAAAGGCAAGAGAAGAGGCUUUCCUAAUAUUCUGGGCCCACCAAGGAGACCAAGUCGCCAUGAUAGCAGUGCAAUUGGCAGAGCCAUGGAAAUGCAGAAGCCCCGCCACCCAAAGCACUUACCCACAGCAUCUUCUGUGAGCCCAGAGCCACCAGAUUCCAGCAAGAGUCGCCAGAGUGGGUCCUCCAGUGAGGGAACAGAUGCCCCCUACCCAGCUGCCAACCCAAUGUCUCCUUUGGCAGUGGGGCCCUUUUCCUCUCCUGAGGGAAGCAAGGACAGUGAAACAGGUUUGAAGCAGACUGGAGAGGCUCCACCUGCUAAUGAGUGUAUUGAUGGCACACCCCGCACACCUAAUAACACCUUUGAAUUCCCAUCUCCUUUGGAAAACUUGCAGGAGGAGGACGGAGAAUCAGAGAGAAUGGUUGACAUGGGAACACCAAAGCCUUUUCGCAAGAUGGACAGUGUUGGUUUUGCAGAUGUACAAAGUGAAGAUGAGCUGUAUGACUUUGACAUGGACAUGGACCCUCCCAACUGGCAGCAACUCGUGAGCCGAGAAGUCUUGAUGGGGCUGAAACCCUAUGAAAUCAAACGCCAAGAAGUGAUUAAUGAGCUGUUUUACACUGAGCGAGCUCACGUCCGCACGCUGAAGGUUCUGCACAACGUGUUCUACCAACGUGUCACCCGGGAGGGGAUCCUCAACUCCAGUGACAAAAGGAAAAUCUUUUCAAAUCUGGAGGAUAUCCUUGGGCUUCAUGUUGCACUGAAUGACCAGAUGAAAGCUGUCCGAAAAAGGAACGAGACUUCUGUUAUUGGUGAAAUUGGGGAAGACUUGCUUUCCUGGUUUAGUGGACCAGCAGAGGAGAAGCUGAAGCAUGCAACUGCCACGUUCUGCAGUAACCAGCCCUUUGCUCUAGAGGUCAUCAAAUCCAGGCAGAAGAAGGAUUCCCGCUUCCAGACUUUUGUGCAGGAUGCUGAGAGCAAUCCACUCUGUCGCCGUUUGCAGCUGAAGGAUAUCAUUCCUAAAGAGAUGCAGAGGUUGACUAAGUACCCCCUUCUGCUGGAUAACAUUGCCAAAUACACAGAACUGCCUGAAGAGAAAGAGAAGGUGAAGCAAGCAGCAGAUCAUUGCCGUCAGAUCCUUAACCAUGUGAACCAGGCUGUCAAAGAGUCUGAGAACAAGCAGCAUUUGGAAGAUUAUCAACGUCGUCUGGACCUCUCCUACCUGAAGCAGUCUGAGGAUCCCAUGAUGGAUGAGUUCAGGAACUUGGAUCUUACAAAGAGAAAAAUGCUUCAUGAAGGACCUCUGAUUUGGAAGGUUAAUCGUGACAAAACUAUUGAUCUCUACACUCUGCUUCUGGAGGACAUUCUGGUGCUGUUACAGAAACAAGAUGAUAAACUUGUGCUCAAGUGUCACAGUAAAAUCUUGGCAUCCACAGCUGACAGCAAACACACCUUCAGUCCUAUCAUCAAACUGAACACUGUGCUGGUGCGUCAGGUGGCAACAGAUAACAAAGCUUUCUUCGUCAUCUCCAUGUCAGAAAAUGGAGCUCAUAUUUAUGAACUGGUGGCACAGACUGUUUCAGAAAAGAAUGUAUGGCAGGACCUUAUAGCUCAGAUGGCAGGGACUGUAAAAAUGGGGAGUACUAGAAGAGUGAUUCCAUUGCCACCACAGUCAGGACCUGGAGAAGAAGAACGUGAAGAAGAGGAGCAGCAGAAGCUCAAAGAGCAACAUGAGAUUCCUGCCAGUAGUCUGCAGAGUCCAGAUAAAGAUUUGGGCCUCGAAUCUCCCUUAAUACUGAAUGCUCAAUCUUCUUCACCCAUCAUGUCUGAGAAGUCCAAGGUAGAAAGUCUUCUUGGGUCAGAGAGACAGUUUGAUAAAGUGCAGCAGGCAGACCUGACACUUAAAGGUUCUUCUGCAUGCUAUGAACACACAACCACCAGUUUACCUUCAGAAGGGCAGUGGGCCCUGGAUGCUUUAAGGAACUUGGGCUUGCUGAAGCAGUUGUUGGUGCAGCAGCUUGGAUUUUCUGAGAAGGGGACCCUGGGGGACCGGCAGCGCUUCCCCAGGUUUCGGACCCUUUCUCAAGAAGCCCAAACAGAGAGGGAAGGUGAGCCUGGACUGCAGCACUCUGACAAUAACAAAUUCCACCAACCUGGAGCAGAUGGAAUGCUUCCCAGAACCGGGACUACCGAGUCCCCAGCUGGUUAUGGCCUCCGGACUUCAGCUGAAUCACCAGCUUCAGGAGAUGCCAUGCAGCUGGGUGGGAGAGACCCCAGGUCUAACAGUGGCUUAGCAAUAGACCACAUGAGUAUGAAUCUGGAGAUCUCAGCCCCAGAGUUGGAAGGAGGGGGUGCUGAUGAAAGUGGGGAGCAUUUUUUUGAUGCUCGAGAAGCUCACAGUGAUGAAAAUCCCUCUGAAGGGGAACUCAUGGAAAGGAAGGAGGAAGAGGAUGUGCAAAUACGGAUCUCAGGAAAUUAUUUGAUCCUUGAUGGAUACGGAACGGUGCAGGAGAGCUCCACAGAUGAGGAGGUGUCAGCUCUGGUUCUCCAGUGCACUGCAGGUGGCCACACUUCUUUGGACUCUGCACAGCAGCAGCCACUUUCCCCCAGGGACACCCAGUCAGAUGGAGGGAGCUCCCCAUUCCCUGAGGAGAUGAUGGCCUCACGUUGGGGGGGUGUGGAGGAGUCCUGCCCGUUUGUAGCAAGCCCUCACUUCUCUCUAGAGUCACGGCUGCAGAUGAUGAGGUAUAUACAGAAGAUAGAGGAUGACCUUGAAAAGUUAAAGGAGGUUGAGGAAGACUACAGCAUCCUCAGGCGCCAAGGGCUGGCUGGAUCAGCCUCCCCAGGAGAGCACUCAGAAAAAAGCUAGUCAUGUUUCUGGAGUGGCUGAAGAUUGGAUGGAGAGUAUCAGGACACAGCACCCACUGUCUUCCUUGUGGACUCUUGAGAUGAAAGGGUUUGAACCAUCCAAACAUGAACUGUCCUGCAGCAAAGUGGGCAUGGGGUGCUUUUCCUGUGGGGCAUCUGCACUAUCUUGUCAGCGAGGGAGUCUCUUGUAUUCUGCUCCUCUCCUUGCUACCAGAAAUUCAUUUUUUCAGAACAGAAAAAAACCAAACCAAAUGUACAGAGCUUUUGGGUGUAGGAUAUAAAAAAUGUAUUUAGACAUUUAAAAAAAAGAAAAAAAAGAAAAAAAAUCAAUGUAUUUAUUUGACUUCAUUCCGUGUAUCAAAAGCACAUUUUAAUUUUUUAAUCUGCCUUCUUUUUUUUGUUUUGUUUUUGGUUUUUUGUUCUAUUUUAAUUGGGUAGUGACAGUUCUAGCUCUCUGCAGAUAGUACACCCUUGCCUGCCACUGCUCCUGAACCAAAGGUCAGGUCUGAGGGGAGGGGUUGUGCCUAUGUGCAAGUGUUUCUCUACUUCACUGGACUGGACUCUGCACUCCCUGCUGGCACUCAAACUGUGGUGCAAAGAGCUACUUAUGAAGGUGUUAGGAUAACUUGUGGCUGGAACUAUCUGUAUUCAACAAUUGCAUGGGAACUGCUCAUGUCACCAUGUGUGUAACAAGAAUUUUCCAUGCACUAAACAGCCGGGCACUUGAGAUGGGCAAUUUUUCCCCUCUUCUAUUAGUGGUCUCCUUGUUGAAAUGCAAGAUUAGACUGGGAGAGGAGAAAGACAGGUUUAAUUCUUUCCUUGACUUUGUUGGCUUUGAUCAUUGUCUCCUUUGUAAAGUGAUAAAAAUACUUGGACCUGCAGCACUUUUGUAACUCUUCUCUGGAUCAAAAAGAAAAAAAAAAAAAAAUGCAAACCCAGAAGUGUUUCAAAAAUGUGGGGCAGAUCUGCCCCUGAUUCACUACUGAAUGAAUAAGGGCUGCCAUGUGAGUUAGCCACAGGUACUGCUGAUUAUAGGGCCAGUAAGUUUUAGUACCUGAAAGUAUGUCUUGCUGAGGGGUUGGGGUGGGGUUUGGGAUUUUAUUUGGGGGGAUUUGGGGAUCAGGUUGUUUCGGUUUUUUUUUCAAAACUGGUUUGUGCCAAUGUGUUCUCACUGAAACAGAGAUGUGCAAAACAAAGGUGGCUGAAGCAGCUCUCUAGUACUUCCUUAAGCCUGUUCCAAUGGGGUUUGUUGCUGGAAUUCCUUCCAGUCUUGGAGCAAGAGCCUCGGCUGGCUGUGCCCCUGCUCUGAAGUUGGUCCUAGGGCAGGCACAUCCUGCCUGGCACAGGGUGCUUUGAGCUGUCUUCAGUGUCACAGAUGUGGUGCAUACAGCUGCUAGUAGAAAGUGUGUAAGACAAUCUUUUUUUUGCACCCCAUUCCCAAGUUUUUAAGUAUUUAGUGAACCCAAACUGAACAGCAAAACCAGCCAAACCUGUUAAUCCCAUGAACAUCUCAGAGCUGCUGCAGCGUGGUUUGCAUCACUCUGCUCAUCCUGGAGUGCUGAGAAUCUCUCUUUGGUCAGCAUAAAGAUCAUACUCCCUGCUCCUUUGAAACAAACUUUUUUUCUCUUAGUUGCUGGCAGGAAAUCAGAUCUCUCCUUUAUCUACUCAUGUAAGGAAAAAAAAACCCACAACAGUUCUUGUUCUUCCUGUUAGAAACAUGCAAGGGAUGUAAAGAUAAGCAGAGGUUGAGCAGAGAUGUUUUGGGACCUGCUGUCAAAGUUGGAGCCAUGAACCCUUACAGGGAGGAGUUUCUCUUGUUACAAGAAGGAGUUGCACAAAGUUAUCAUGUUUCAUGUGGAGCAUUACACUGCCAACACAAGCCAAAGUCUUCUCUUCCAGGCUGGCAGGAGCUUCCUCUCAUUAAAUCCUGUCCUGUUGCAGCACUGCAGUGCACUGUCAGUAUUAGCCCAGCACUUCCAUCCUUAGGAUCUCACUCCUUGCCUUCAGCCACUUUUCCUUUGGUUAUAAACAUCAAGACUUUCUCUGGUAAGCCCCCCAACUAAGCACUGCCCCAUACCAAUGGGACAUCUUUCACCUGAUCUUACCAGGAAUAGCACUGAGCUAUAGCCAGACUUGGUGUUAAAGCCCUUUUUCCCUUAAAUAAAAGGACUUUUGUUCUCCCUCUGAGCUCCCUUCAUCAGCUGGCAUGAUGCUUGCCUGGGUCUACACACUCCAGAAAUGGGAGCAUUUAUUAUGACCUUAACUGUCUGAAAACUUUCCAGCAGGCUUCCAUGGUUGAUUGAAAAUUAUCACUGAACUCUAACAGAGGGAGCUUAGUCUGACUUCAGGAAUAUGCUGGAAGACCAGCAAAGGCAGGACCUGCUUGCUUAAUUAAUGCUCUUUCCUUCUGACUGAGGAUGAAAUCCUUUGUUCUCUGCUUUUCUCCAAGUUUCAUGGAUUUCAGGGUUCUUGAUGAGCAUGCAGCUGUUCAGAUGGGCCAUGGGGGAGCAAUCUGCCCCUGCUGCCUCUGGCUUUUUCACCUUGGCAUAAGCAUUGUGUAGCCUCAUUGUUUCAUCUUUAAUAGCUGUAGCACCAGUGAAAAAGCUGGGAAUGCAGAGCAUUCCUGUUGCCAUGUCAUCCUUGUAUUUCUGCCUCUGGAGCUGCUGGAGUGGAAUUUUCCUCACUGUUCCUAUGAUAAUUUGGACAUAAUCCACUGGGAGAUCAGGUAUAGUUCUGUCUGUCUCCUCUCAAGAUGUAUGAAGGGGAAACAUCCACACUUUUUGUGCCAGCCUAAUGGUGAGGGCAGAGAAGCCUUUGUGCUGGAUGAAAUGGAGUCUCCAGAGCAGGAGCUUGCAGGAAGGGAUGUUAAGAGAACACCAACCCAUUUGAACCCAGUUUUAUGGGCAACAGAAAUGUCACACUGUGCUCUGUCCACUUUGGGCUUUGUUUCAGCUGACCUUCUUAUGCUCCAUUGAUCACCCUAACAAACAGGGCAUUACUCCUCUAGAAAAAUACUGGUGGGUUCAGGGAUCCAGUAUUUUCUGAGGGUAGCAGUAACCUGAAGGAAUGAGGGGUUCCUUUUUCCUCUCUGGCACAUCUACUGUAUGGCAGACCUCAGGCCACCUCUUGCUGUAUGGAAGGAGCUGGAACUCAAAUGCACUAUUCAGGUUUCUCACUUGUCCCCCCCACUUUAAGCCCUGAGAUUACCCUUUUGAAAAUUCCAGUUUUCCAGUACAAGGAAGGAUUUUAAUUUGCCCCUGGUUGGUGAUAGGAACAUUCCCUUAUUCAGGCUGGAUUGCAGGGCAGGACAAUGUUCUCUGGGUUGCUUGCACCAGCUACUUCUCCCCAGUGGGGUUUUUUUGGUUGGGGUUUUUUUUUUUUUCAUGGUGGUUUGUUUUUUAUUUCCUCUCCAAAUACAAGAUGAGCAAAAGGUUCCUUGUCUUGGGAACAAAGAUGUAGUAUAGCAACCAUUCUUUAGAUCCUUCUGAGAAGUGAUUUCUCUUCUGCUGUUAUAGUUCAUGGACAAGCAAAAAGGUCAGAUGGAUUCUUUCUGGGAAGGAUCAUUUCCUUCUUUUGUAAAGGAUAGGAGUGCAAAUGGUGUGUUUUGAACAGAAUUUGUCUUUUGGGAGGGGAGAUUUAACAUCCUGUAGGUGGGAUCAGGAAGAAGGAUGAGGAAUGUAAACUUGAAGAGCUCAGAAGUCUGACGGUUUUGGUCAUCUCUCAGAUAGCACUCUGCCUAUUCCCAGUGUUUUCCUAAAACUUAGAUAUCCUGAUCAACACAUACUGUGCCUCUGUUAUUAGAAGAGGGGGGGUGAUAUUCAGCAGGUGACCUGUGAUUAUAAUCUCAGUGCUUGGUGUUGUUUAUUCCCUCUGUUCCCCAAAGAAAUUCCUGAAUUCCCUCCCCGUCCCCCAAAGGUGCCAACUGACAAGCAGAUGUACUGCAAAAGGGAUACUGCAGCCAAAACACUGCUGUUCUAUUUUGAAUUAAGUCUUGUGGAGCUCUCUUCAUACUAGAAUAUUUUUAUUUUCUUUGUACAACAUACAAUCAUGUACUCUUAACAGAGAUUUACUUUAAAGAGAAGAAAAAAAAAAAAUCUGGAAGUAUUCUUUAAAAAUACACAAAAAUCUUUAUUAAUAAUCUUGUAUUUUUACUGAUCAUGUUUGAAUGUCUAAAAAGACUUUAUUGUUCUAAUUAUCCAGAUGUAUGUUUGUAAAAUAGCUCUUUUAUGACUUAGCUGAUAAGGUUGUAUGUUUCUGGAAUUAAAUAUUGGUCACUUAAAAAAAAAAAUAUCUGGUUUUGGAUCUGGGAAAUAGAAAAUUUAAGCGUUUCAAAUAUCAUUAAAUAAGCUUAAAGGAAA